CCUCCUCUUUUUUUACAGUGAACAGAGGAAAUACACCGCAGUAACAUAAUCCAAAACAGGCAGGCCCACAUUUCCAAGCCGCUAUAACUAGCAGAUGCGCACUUCCAACCUCUCAUCCAAUGAUCUUCUGGCUGCUGCCCCCGAAGAUUUGUAUGGCCAGAAGUGGGGUGAUCGUAGACGUGAAAUUCUGUUUCCAAGAGGAAAUUAACCUCACAGUUCGCAAAACCUCCGUCUUCUUUCCUGGAGACGGUUUCAUCGUCUAUAAUCCUGACGGAGAAGUCAUCUUUCGAUUUGAUUCUUACGGUCCAGAUUCCCAGCCUAAGGAUGAGCUAGUUCUCAUGGACGCUUCUGGCAAGUGCCUCCUCUCCAUCCUUCGAAAGAAACCGAGUCUUCAUCAUCGGUGGGAGGGCUUUCUAGGUGAGAGAAAGGUCUGCAAUGGUGAUCAUCAGGAGGCAAUAUUCAGUGUGUGUAGAUCAAGCAUCAUCGGACGAUCCAGCUUGGUGGUGGAGGUUUGUCGAGAUCCCCGUGAGGAGUACUACAUAGAGGGUAAUUAUCCUCAGCGGCGGUGUAAAAUUUACAGCGGUGGUGCUUCCUUGGAGAAUUCAUUAAAGCAAGCGGUGGCAGAGAUCAAAAGAAAGGUGGACCCUUCAACUCAUGUGAUGCUUGGCAAGGAUGUGUUUUGGCUGUGUGUUCAGCCAGGGCUUGAUGCUGCUUUUGCCAUGGGAUUAGUGCUUGUUCUUGACCAGAUUUACGGUGAUGAUGAUGGUGGCCGCCUGGUGGACCCUACCUUAGAGAACGCUACUUCUUCUUCUUGAGUUUUGAAUCUUAAAUGGAUGGACCAAACCUAAUUUAGUUUCGGUCCAAUACAAUUUUUUAAUAUAUCUGUGAUUUAAAAAAAAAAACCAUCUUUUAUUAACUGUGUGAAUUUUAAUUUGCAUUAUAGAACUUUUUGUGACGAUUCAAUUUGAAUUUCGCAUUUAAUAUCGUUAAAUCAAAAUUUAUUAUAUGUGUUUUGGAAUUUA